ACGGUGCCGUGAAUUCCAGGUCAAAGCCUUCCCUCACUGACUGGCAGGGAGCGGACUCAGCCCCGGGCCACGGCCCCAGCCUCGGGGCUAGACCCCCGCCCCGCCACUCCCCGCGAAGGAGAAGGCGAGGAAGGGAAGGCAGGAGUGCUGCCGAUCCCCUCCUCCCGGCGCAGUGGGAGGAGGAAGAAGGGAAAGGAGCCACCGGGGAGCCGCGGCGGCCGGCGCUGAGCUUGGAGAGGCGGGCGGGAGAGAGUCCCUCGCGGCCCUGCCCAGCGGGAGGGUCCCAGCGAAGCGGAGGAGGCGCCACCGGCUCGGGGCGGUGGCUGGAUCCUGAAUCCCGCCCCGGGACGCCGAAGUUGCGGCGGGGUGGUGGCCGCCCCUGUCGUCUCUCUCGAUGUCCGUGUAACUCGGCGGCGGCGAGGAGGAGCAGGAGGAGGAGGCAGGAGGAACCCUCCCGCCUCAGCCUCGCUCGCCGCCCCGCUCCGCUCCGGCGGGCUGUUGUGCGAGAGAGACAGACAGACAGACACAUACACCCUGCGCCCCUAAUCCCGCAGCCCCGGGAGGCCGGGCCGGGCGCGGUGCUGCCGCCGCCGCCGAUCGCGGCUCCCUGUGUCCGCUGCCUGAGGAAGAGAAGGAGCAGGAGGCGGAGGGAGCGCCCCGGCGGGCAGCGGCGCAGCCAUGAGCGGCGGGGAGGUGGUCUGCUCGGGCUGGCUCCGAAAGUCCCCGCCGGAGAAGAAGUUGAAACGCUACGCAUGGAAGAGAAGGUGGUUUGUGCUUCGGAGCGGCCGCUUAACAGGGGAUCCAGAUGUAUUGGAAUACUACAAAAAUGACCAUGCUAAGAAGCCUAUCCGUAUUAUUGACUUAAAUUUAUGUCAACAAGUGGAUGCUGGAUUAACGUUCAACAAAAAGGAGUUUGAAAACAGCUAUAUUUUUGAUAUCAACACUAUAGACCGAGUUUUCUAUUUGGUAGCAGACAGUGAGGAGGAGAUGAAUAAGUGGGUUCGAUGUAUCUGUGAUAUCUGUGGGUUCAACCCUACAGAUGAGGAUGCUGUGAAGCCAUCAGUUAGUUCUUUACAACCAUCUGCUGAGUUACCCUUGCCUAUCAACACUUCACCGCCUUCCAUGCAAGCAGAAUCUUCCCUUCCUUCUCCUUAUCAGCUUAUUAACGUCCCCCCUCUGGAGUCUUCCUCUGGUCAAGAAGAUCCUCAAGACUACUUACUGCUAAUAAACUGUCAAAGUAAAAAACCUGAACCUAUGAACCAAGAGUCACCUUUUCUCUCAGAAGAAGGGCAGGAAUACCUGCUAUUAGAAGACUUUGAAAGUAAAAAGAUUCCACUGCAAUCUCUUGCUGACUCUGCAAAAUCCAGCUCUUCAGAAACAGACUGCAAUGAUAACCUGCCUUCCCACAAAAACCCUGCUGUAUCAGGGAGCAAGCACACUAUGAACGGCUUCUUCCCGCAGCAGGGAGUCUACGAUUCCCCAUCUUCCCGCUCCACGCUGACACUGGCGGACUCCAGCCUGUACAACCUGCCUAGGAAUUACUCCCAGGAUGUUUUGCCAAAGGCAACAUCUCCAUCUGGAACUGACGGCGAAGGAGAGCAACAUGUUUUCAAUACCCCGUCAGUAACGUCAUUAGACGUACAAAUGAGGCACAUCUCCAUUAGCUAUGAUAUUCCCCCCACCCCUGGAGGUACUUAUCAGAUCCCACGAACUUUCCCAGAGGGAACAUUGUCUCAGACUUCAAAACUGGAGACUAUUCCAGACAUCCCUCCACCUCGGCCACCCAAACCUCACCAGGCAGCGGAUCGGUCUCCUGUGGAAACCUGUAGCAUCAGUCGCACUGCUUCAGACACUGACAGCAGUUACUGCAUCCCUGCUGCAGGAGUGCCACCCUUGCGCAGUAACACCAUUUCAACAGGAGAUCUGAAUGUCUUCCGGAAAGAAAUUAGUUCUCAAGAUUGUUAUGAUAUUCCACGAACGUUUCCGAAUGACAGAUCUAAUUCAUUGGAGGGCUUCCAUAACCACUUUAAAAACAGAAGCAUGUUGACAAUGGGAAGUGUUUCAAGUGAAGAACUAGAUGAAAAUUAUGUCCCAAUGAAUCCCAACUCUCCUCCACGACAGCAUUCCAGCAGCUUCACUGAACCCAUCCAGGAAACAAACUAUGUACCAAUGAUACCUGGCACGUUUGAUUUUCCAUUGUUUGGAAUGCAAGUCCCUCCUCCUGCUCACAUGGGUUUCAGGUCCAGCCCAAAGACCCCUCCCAGACGGUCGGUACCUGCUGCAGAAUGUGAGCCACCACCAGUGGAUCGGAACCUCAAACCAGACAGAAAAGCAAAACCAGCUCCACUGGAAAUAAAACCUCUGCCUGAGUGGGAAGAAUUACAAGCUCCAGUUAGAUCUCCUAUCACCAGAAGCUUUGCACGAGACUCCUCCAGGUUUCCCGUGUCUCCCAGACCGGAUUCAGUUCAUAGCACAACUUCCAGCAGUGACUCGCACGACAGUGAAGAGAAUUAUGUAUCCAUGAACCCAAAUCAGUCCACUGAAGACCCAAAUUUGUUUGGAAGCAACAGUCUUGAUGGAGGAAGCAGCCCUAUGGUAAAACCUAAAGGAGAUAAACAAGUGGAAUAUUUAGAUCUGGACCUAGAUUCAGGAAAGUCUACCCCACCUCGUAAGAAAAAGAACAGUGGUUCAGGCAGCAGCGUGGCAGACGAGAGGGUUGAUUACGUUGUGGUGGACCAGCAGAAAACGCUGGCCCUGAAGAGCACGCGGGAGGCAUGGACUGAUGGCAGACAGUCUACAGAGUCUGAGACUCCCACAAAAAGUGUGAAGUGAAAACACUGCUUUGUCUUUGAAGAAUGGAAAGAAGUGAAUUUUGAAGAAUCACAGAACCACAAUGGCAGUGUUGUUCAGCUGUACAGUACCUGAUUCCCUGGGUUGGGAAUCAGUUCCUCACCGAAUAGGUUGGAAGCCAAAAAACACUUUGAAUAUAUCAAAGGAACUUUAAGACAUGAAUUGGCUCUGUGGUGUCUGGAAAAAUCACAGCCUGUAAAUAACCUGUAAAAUAAUAUUACUUAGGUUUCAGAAAACCUUUUAUUCUGUAGUUAAAACAUUUGUAGUAUUACUGUGUUUAUGCACUUUUUCAGUUACAAUGUUGGGUCAGGUAUUCACAGUUAGUGUACCUUAAUGUCUAAUUCAUCUGGAGAAUUUUUUUUUCCUUACACUACUAUUCCUCACAAUUUUAGGUUAAUUAAGCUACAUGUAGGUAUGGAAAUUAAUAUUUGAACUUCAUUUUAACAACUCAGAAUUGACUUUGCAGAAAUACUUUCACAAUUGAAUCAUCUACUUGAAAUGCCAAGAGACAACCAUUAGUUACAUACUUGUUUAUAUUUAAUACAUGCAAGAUUAUUUGGAAGUCUACAGACUACCUUCCUAACAAAAAAUUGCUGUGAGUUAAUAAUAAUGAACUGUACUGGGUUUAGACCUAAAAUCCUGGCUUAUAUGUUAGUUGUUAGUGGUGGAACUUCUAUUGUAUUUUAUUAAUGACAGUGUUCUGUGUUCAGUGGGUGAAGAUUCUGCGGGUGGGAUCUUACACUUUCAAAGACUGAAUAAUUAAAUGUCAAGUAAGCCAGCAAACCACUGAUGGCAUGUAGUAAUAUUGUGAUCUCACACUUAUUAACAAGAAAUGACCUUUAUAUUAUUUACAGAAGGUAGAGUAUAUAAAUCAGGUACGUACCAAGCACUGUUGUGCUAAUACACUGAUCAGGUUUAGACAAUGAGUUUUAGUUUUGUACUGUUUAGAAGUUCUAAUGUCAGUUUUCAGUUCAAGAUUAAUGGGACAGUUUGACAUUCACUUUUUGUAGUACUAGCAAAAUACUGUGAUUUUGAAUUAGACAUUAACUCAAAUGGAAAUACUAUGUUUUAACACCAUAGUGCCCUUCUUAUGAGCUCUACAUUACUUUAAUCUCCUGCUUGGCCUUAUAUUUAAAUCCCUAUGCAACUGAUAUUUUAUAUCUCUGUUUUUAAAAAUUAGAUAAUAUACCUAAAUGAUCCCCUUGUAAACCACUUGUUGCUCUUUCCUGGUACAGGAUUUUAAACUCUGUAUACUGUGAUCCUUUAUUUUACUAUGCCAGUUACAAAUAAUAAUCUGCCUUGGUUUA